GCUGCCGCCGCCGGCGGCGCUCCCUCCGCUGCGGGUACGGCAGGCGCCGCUGCAGGAGCCGCUCCUGCCGCCGCUGCCUCGCCGCCUCCUCCGCCUCAGCCCGCGGGUCCCAAGCCGCCGGUGCACCUGCGGCUGGUUGACCUGAUCGGGGUGAUGUCGACCGACCCGCUGCUGGCCAAGCACCCGCUGCUCUACAUGUGGCAGGCGCAGGAGUCGUUUCGGGAGUACAACAGGGAGGCGGCGGUGGCGGCGGGGUUGGGGGGCCGGUAGUAGAAAGGUGACGGUAGCGGCAGCGGGAGUAGGGGGCAGGUAGCGCCGGUACUAGUAGCGGGGUAAGGAAGGAGACAGCUAAGCGAGGUAGUGGCGAUGUAGGAGGGGGAGCGUUUUCUGUAGCGGGAAGCUAUUGGCUGCUUGUUGUUGUUGGCAGUGGUGGUGGUGAUAAGGAGGUAAGGAGGAGACGCAUGGGGGUACGCAGUGGUAGGCUGUCGGUUGAGUGAGGGGCAGGCGCAGGUCGAGGGGUUGGGUAGUCUGGGUAGGCAGUUUGUGAAGGGUUUGCUGUGUUGGUAUAGGGCAGUGACUGGCAUUGGCCGAAACUGUGUACCGUACUCGUCGUGCCGGGGAAGAGGCGUUGCGGUAAGAGGCAUCUGGCGGUGCCACGAGAGAACUUUUAAAGCAGAUGGUUGGGUUCUUGUGGAGAGGUUUGGCCAAGAAGGAUUGCGCUGCUUUCUUUGGUCGUGCUGGCACAACUCGUUAUCCGCGAGGUGUUGAGCUGUGGACGGUAGGGUAUGGAACCAAUGCUGGAGGGUUGCAAACGUAUGCAGCCAUCAUUUGCCCUGCUGUUUGGAACACUGUUGCUUAUGACUCGAAUGGGGAAGGCAGACUAGGGGCAUGAAGGUUCUCCGCGGCUACUGGAAACGGCGGCUAGCGGUACGAUCCCUUGGCGUUUGCGAUCUGCCGUACCAGCGCUUUCCGUUGGUAGACCCUUCGAGCAGGCAGAAUUCGCCCUGCUACGAGCGUUAACGUAAACUGUACAUGAGAUUGAAUUCUCAGAACCCUGGGCGUCUGUUAAGCAUUACUGUAGAGGCCUCGUCAGUUGAAUAAACUUGCACGCACGUUUAAGAAAGCGUUGAACUACGUCAUAACCCUCUUAUCAGGACAGCACUUCAUAGUGGUUAAUUCAGCGUACAGCAAUGAGCGUACCAAGGCGAAUAGUCUUCAGCGACAUAGAUGGGACAAUCAUGCAUGAGCCAAAGCCUACCGACUUGGACGCCCCGGUGUUGCUCACACCACCGUCGACUAGCGGUCGCCAGGGCGUCAUCUCCACCGCCACCCUGCACCUGGUAGCACAGCUGCGCUCCCGGGGGUUGCUCUUCGUCGUCAUCAGCGGCGCGCGCCUCUCCACGCUGCUCAUGCGCCUGCCGUACCUGCCGGCAGCGGACGCCUACGUGUGCGAGAACGGCGGCCGCAUCUUCUACCCGGGAGGGGAGCUGCCCACAGCUUGUCCCCUCACGGAGGAUGAGGAGUGGCGGCGCUGUCAUGAUGGCGUGGCGGGGACAGUACGGCAAGACGGAGUGGCGGCUAGGGACAGAGAGGGGCCGUUGUGGGACUUCUACCGUCGGUUGUUGGGAGAGGGGUGGCACCUGGACGCCAACGGCUACACCACAAGCUUCAGGGUGCAUGCCAACCGCGGCGGCAAGACCCUACCUCAGCUCCAAGCCCUCACCGCCGCCAAGCCCCCCGGCCUCAGCUGCUCCUUCAACCUGGGAGCCGCGGACUUCUACCCCGCAACCAGCGGCAAGGUGAUGGCCGCUCGCCACCUGAUGCGCCGCUUCUCCGCAGCCGCACCCGACUGCUGCUUCCUGUGUGAUGACGACAAUGACCUGGAGCUGGCGGCGGAGGUGGGGCGGGCGCUGCUGCCCAGCAUCACCUCGGACACGGUACGGCAAGCAGUGGAGGCGGCGCCGGAUCGCUUCCAUGUAGCUCAGGCUGCUGGGCAGGGCGUGGCGGCGACGGAGGAGGUGCUCAGGGCGGUGAUGGCGCAUUAUGAACUGCAGUAAUGCAUCUGGGAUAUGCCACAUACCCUAUGCGUACAUGCCGCAGGAUGACAUGACCGAUUGACGCACCGAGAGAUGUGGUGCCGUAUGAUGUGCUGAUGGGAAUGACGCUGGUGCUUUUGUCCGUAAGCUCUCGAACGUCUGGGCCAUUCCUGCCCUGUACCCGCACGCCUCCUGCACCCGAAGGAGGACUGAAAGCAAUUUAGAGAUGCCCCUGAUGAGCUGAAGCAGCUUGAGGCAGAUGGCAGAGUUCAUAGGUGAUCAACGCGAUCAGUACUUGCUACGCUGACGCGACGGGUUGUCCCAUUGUAGCAGGGAUGCAGCCGGAUGCCGGAGUGACUACGGACUUUGAGGAGGUGUCGGGGGCGUGCCUUGGUACGUACGGCGCAAGUGUAGCCAUGCAAGCACCGGACACGAGCUUGCGAUUAGCGUUGAUGUCGCUUGGUACGCUUUUAGGCGAACUAUAAGAGAAGUACCUGCUGCGAUUGUAUUUUGCGAAUUUUCACCAUUUCGCUUUGCAAGGCUAGACGAGCAACACCUUCGUUUAUUCUACUUCAAACUCGCUGUAGUCCUGUUUUUCUCCUCCAGUUAGUGCCAGCCGAGCCUAGUAGGAAAUGUCCAGCGCGUUAAUAUCUACAGGCUGCGCGCGGUGUGUGGCAUUUAAGACAGGACCGCUGCGCAGAGCGCGGACAACGCCACAACCUCGACAAUUGUGUGUAGCAUUUGCCGCUCAGUUCCCAAAAGGCGCAUCCAGUCCUGAUUCCUCUGUUGCGGCUUCACAAGCGACUCAGCGCCGAGCCAUAUCUGAAGGCCUGACCGAGGCGACUAUCGCCGCUCUUUUAGCCGGCGGCGUCUUUGCUGGCAGCUGUCUGGCAGUUGAUAGCCCAGAAAGCGCAGCGCAAGCAGUCCAAGUAGCCAAGCUCGCGGCCGAUGUCCUACGACCGGUGUUCAGCAUCUUCACCAUGCUCUACAUCAUCCGCGUGACCAUGACUUGGUACCCGGAAAUCGAUGGCAAGAAGCUGCCCUGGGCCAUCGCCUACAUGCCCACCGAGCCCAUCCUCAGCGCAACUCGCAAGGUUGUUCCGCUGGUCAGCGGUGUUGACGUGAGCCCCAUCGUGUGGAUCGGCAUCCUCAGCUUCCUAAACGAAAUCCUGCUGGGGCCCCAGGGCCUGCUCACGCUCGUCGAGCUCAGGGGCGGGAUGUAGGAGGCUGUAGGCGGGUUCAUAUACACCGUUCGCAUGCCAUGCCGGUUUGCAUCCGGUUGCUCCGGGAAUGCAGAGUAUUCCUUGGGACGUAAGGGCCACGUGGUAGGGUGUUGGGUAGGCUGGUAGGGUGCAUGGUAGUUUGGGGUGAGCGCCGUGGACGAGGUACUUUCGGGGAGUAAUAUCAACUUUGGGGAGGAUGCGAGGGGAAGGGAAACGGGUCUGGCCCUUGGCGGGCUCUCAGCGGUUUGGUAGGGAGCUGCUGUUGCCGUUGGGUAGGGUAGAGCCGGGUUGUGGGUGAGGCGUCCUCAAGCUGUACGGGCUGAAGGCUGGGAGUGAGUUGUAAGCUGCAACGUAGGUUUUGAGAGAGGUACUGAUGAGUGGACCGUGAGAGUGGACCGGGGUGGAUACAUGAAGGCGAUUUUGUCAGCUGUGAUGGAUUGGUUGAAUAUGACAAGCAUGACAUUGCUGCGCACGGAGUCCGGAUCAGGAUUAAUCAGUGGCUUCAUGAGUGGCACCGGUAUCAUUAAGCGUGACGGCGUGAUGGUCAUAUGCUGCAUUCCCUGUCAUGCAAGGCAGAAAGCUGCAAGGGAAUGCCUCACAGGGAUAUACUAUCAACAGAUGUCAAUAGGGGUCCGGUACUGGGCAGAACAGGUUCAGUGUCGUACGUGACCGGUUCUAGACCGUUUGGUACAGAGCAUGGACUAGUGGAUACGAGCACAGCCGGAAGGCCGGAAGCAAACGGAACUGCCGAAACGACCUUUUAUAAGGAUGGUGCAAACGUCUGGGUUGGAGUACGGCCGUACACGGCCGACAAUGCAUUCGUACUCUUGGUCUUGUACCGCAACUGCAAGACUGCC